AUGAUUCUCAUCUAUAUCGUACUUGUAGGCCCGGUAGCCCAGGCUCUUCGCUAUGACCCAGCUUAUGCUGAGUACAACCUGAACACAAACCAGCAAGCACUCAGUCCCUUGGACUAUUCCGGCGAACGAAAAGGUCAUGCUUAUCAUCCAUCACCGGAUGAUUGGAGGUUCCCUUUCUACACUGUCAUGCUCGAUAAGUGGGUGAAUGGUGAUCCCUCCAACGAUAACGCCAAUGGCACCCUUUUUGAGCAAGAUGUGUGGAGCACGCAGCUCAGGCAUGGUGGCGAUAUUCAAGGCUUGGUCGACUCCUUGGACUACAUCCAGGGUAUGGGCAUCAAGGGAAUCUACGUUGCCGGCUCGCCUUUUAUAAAUCAGCCAUGGGGUGCGGAUGCAUAUUCGCCCCUUGAUCUGACCCUUCUCGAUGCCCACUUUGGCAAUAUCUCAUUAUGGCAAGAAGCGAUACAGGAAAUACACGCGAGAGGGAUGUACGUAAUUAUGGAUAACACAAUGGCUACAUUAGGGGAUCUCAUCGGUUUUGAAGGCCACCUCAAUGAUUCUGCCCCUUUCAAGACAGAUGAAUACAAGGUCUUGUACAAGAGCGAGAGACAGUAUCACGACUUUGCAUUCGGCAACGACUACAACGACACAUGCCAAUACCCUCGUUUCUGGAAUGAGACUGGAUUUCCCAUCGAUGACUUCGAACGCGAAAAAUUCAAGGGCUGUUUCUCCUCUGACUUCGACCAGUAUGGUGAUACGGAGGCCUUCGGUGUCCAUCCGGACUACCAACGUCAGAUCACGAAGUUUGCCUCAGUUCAGGACCGCCUGAGGGACUGGGUACCUUCCGUCCGCCAUCGCCUCGAGAACUUUUCCUGCUUGGUCAUCACGAUGCUUGACAUCGAUGGUUUCCGAUUCGAUAAAGCUGCUCAGGUGACGGUCGAUGCCCAGGGCAACUUCUCUGCAGCAAUGCGUGAUUGUGCAGCCAAAGUUGGCAAGAAAAACUUCUUCCUUCCCGGAGAGCUCACACCCGGCAAUACUCUCAGCUCCAUCUACUAUGGUCGGGGACGGCAGCCUGAUCAACGGCCCGAAGGGCUUCCGGCAGCUAUGAAUUUGACCGGCAAGCAGAGCGAGGACAAGUUUUUCCUCCGCGUAAAAGGCCAAAACGCUCUCGACUCGGCCGCAUUUCAUUACUCUGUGUACCACUACCUCACAAGAUUUCUCGGAAUGAGUGGUAAUCUGGAGGCUGGCUACGAUCUCCCCCUCGACUGGGUCAACGCUACGAACCAGAUGAUUCUCACGAAUGAUUUGGUCAACCCAAACACUGGCAAAUUUGAUCCGAGACAUAUGUAUGGGGUAACCAAUCAAGAUAAUUUUCGCUGGCCAGCAAUUACCCAAGGGGUUGAGAGGGAGCUGUUGGGGUUUUUCAUCACGACAUUGUUCUUGCCCGGAAUCCCCUUGAUCUACUACGGUCAGGAGCAGAGCCUCUACGUCAUGGACAACACCGCAGACAACUAUAUAUUUGGGCGUCAACCAAUGAGUCCUGCACCCGCCUGUAAGCAUGAUUUCUCACGUGUUACGGAUCACUAUCUUUCCUGUUUUGGAAUUCCGGAAUACAACACUUUGGGAUCCGUAGCAGGACUAACGUCACCAACAGGGAAGAUGCACGGCUGCUACAAUCUAGGCAGCUCACAGUACAUUGACUGGCCUUUAGACCAAGGGCGAAGGGGUUGCGAAGAUGAAGGAGUCCCACGCGAUCACCGCGAUCCCAGUCAUCCGACAAGAAACAUACUGAAAGCCAUGUAUACCAUGCGAGAGAAUUAUAAAACUCUCUCAGAAGGAUGGCUGGUGCAGCAGCUUUCGAAUCAGACUGACUUGACUAUACUUCAUGGGAGCACGACACCUACUGAACGAGGUAUCUGGAGCGUUGCUCGAGCAUUUUUUCCGACCGUUCAAGGGCAGUUUGCUUCUGAACCAGUAUGGUUUGUUUACCAUAACCGCGACACGGAGGAAAAGUACACUUUUGACUGCAGCAAGAACGAGACAGCGUUCUUCUCGCCCUUCGAUGCCAAUGCCAAACUGAAGAAUUUGUUUUAUCCCUACGAUGAGAUCGAGAUCGAGAAAUCCCCCAAGUCCUUUGGAUUUGAUGGCUCUGAGAAGCUGAGCGGAUGCUUGCCCGAGAUCACGAUGGCUCCAUUCGAAUACCGAGCUUACGUGAAGAAGACUGACUGGAAAGAGGCGCCUCCAAUGAUCACAAAGUUCACGCCAGGCCAUGAUGUGUCUAUUGAUCUUUCAGGUUCCCAGGGGACCUUGGAUAUCAGCUUCUCUUUCUCACGGGAAAUGGACUGUGACGGGGUGACGGAGUCCAUCACCCUUUCCUCGCUCACAGAGAGGGAUGAGAGAGAUGCUGGGAUCGAUACCGGCUCUAUCAAAUGCACCACGCUUUCUGACGAUGAAAAGCCACCCUUUGUUGGCGCAAUUGGGUCGAAAUGGCGUUGGUCUGCGACGCUUUUGAACAUUCAGGAGGGUGUUCACUCGAUCAUCGUCAAGGAUGCUGCAACGAGAGACGGCAAGGACAGCACAAACUCUACUGACAAAUUCCUACUCCGUGUGGGCUCGGUCGAGAAUCCCGUCGCAUGGCCAAUGACAGCGAACUACUCGACCUCGCUGUUUACCAAGUCUGGCAACGACUUCUUCGUAAACCACAACGCGGCAGGCGCGUCUUCGUGGCGGUACUCGACAAACUGGGGCUCGUCUUGGAGCGACUGGCAGCCUUACGUAGGCGGCAGGCAACAGAUUGAGAAGCUUCCCUGGAAAGGGACGCCCGCUCAAGCUUGGAAAAAUGAGCAUGUGAUAGUGCAGUAUCACUCUUCGCCUUUGGGAUCGAGCAGCAUCAUUCAACAAGGUGACGUCGCCCCAGUCUCGAGUGGCCGCCUGGCCCGCAGAGAUUCUACCACAUACCGAAGUCGCUUCCCUCACAUGUUCGUGAUGGGUGAUUUCAAUCAAUUUGGUUUCGAUGCAGGUAUUCACAACAAGAUGUCGGUCGACGGCAAUGGCAACUGGCAAUUGCACUUUAUGGACGAAUGGCCCUCACACAUCCAACUUAACGUCUGGGGUAUAAACCCUGACGGCAAACCGGACCAGACUUAUAUUCUCGGCGAUGUGGACAACGACGGUAUUGCAGACCGGUUGAGCCCGACCUCCUUGACACCCAAUUUCUUCAAUAUCUCUUCGCCCCCACCGGGCUCAGCACUCAGCUACAGGCUGCGCCUCAACGACAAUACCCUGAGGUUUGUUAUGGAGCCUCAAGGAAGCCGGUGGCUUCAAAUUGUCCUGCUCAUACUCCUCGCGGUGCUCCCCGUUCUAGGUGGCCUCUUUGCCAUUUGGAUAUUCAUGGGAUCCUUUUACAAGGUCAAAGUGAACAAGAUCGGCUUCAAGCGCCGCAACAGGUCGGCAUUUGACAGGGCUGCAGACCGACUGUCGAUUCUAUCCUUUGAGGACUUCCGCAAGCCUCCUGACAGCAACAGCAUGGAGAUGAGUGAUGUUGGGGCUGAUGCCCUGGCCAAGAGGCGCACCGUCCUCAUUGCGACGAUGGAGUAUAACAUCGACGAUUGGAACAUCAAAAUCAAGAUCGGCGGCCUCGGCGUGAUGGCUCAGCUGAUGGGCAAAGCACUCGAGCACCAAGAUUUGAUAUGGGUAGUCCCUUGUGUCUCCGGGAUUGAAUACCCAAUGGAUCAAAGAGCCGACAGCUUCUUUCCUGUAAUAAUGGGUAAAGAAUUUGAGGUGGAGGUUCAGUACCACAAGGUUAACAACAUUACCUAUGUGCUGCUGGAUGCGCCCAUCUUUCGAAAGCAGUCUAAAGCUGACCCAUACCCGCCUAGAAUGGAUGAUAUGGAAUCCGCCAUCUACUACAGCGCAUGGAAUUACUGUAUUGCUCAAACAAUGAAACGGUUUCCGGUCGACCUCUACCAUAUAAACGAUUACCAUGGAGCUGCAGCCCCUCUUUACCUCCUGCCUGAGCGGACCAUUCCGUGUGCUUUAAGCCUUCACAAUGCUGAAUUUCAGGGACUCUGGCCUAUGCGAUCUGCGGAGGAAAGCAAGGAAGUAUGCUCGGUUUUCAACCUCGACCCUGAGAUCGUCAAAAAGUACGUGCAGUUUGGAUCAGUCUUCAACCUGCUUCACGCCGGAGCCUCUUAUCUCCGGGUACAUCAGAGAGGAUUCGGUGCUGUUGGCGUCUCGAAGAAGUAUGGUGACCGGUCGUACGCACGAUAUCCCAUCUUUUGGGGUUUGUCCAAAAUUGGCCAAUUACCAAAUCCUGACCCUACCGACAUGGAAGAUUGGGAUAGAAACGAGAUGAGCAACACGGCGAAGCCAAUGGUGGAUGACGAGUCGGAGUCUAAACGCGGCGCACUCCGCAAGCAGGCUCAGGAGUGGGCUGGUCUCGAGGUUGAUCCGACGGCCGAGCUUUUUGUCUUCGUUGGGCGAUGGAGUCUGCAGAAAGGUGUGGACCUUAUUGCAGACAUCUUCCCGUCCAUUCUCGAGAGAUACCCCAAGACCCAGUUAAUCUGCGUUGGGCCCGUCAUCGAUCUCUAUGGAAAGUUUGCAGCCCUCAAGUUGGCCAAGCUCAUGGAGAAAUACCCAAAAAGAGUCUACAGCAAGCCGGAGUUCACAUCGCUACCUCCUUACAUCUUCAGUGGAGCAGAAUUUGCCCUUAUACCUUCUCGGGAUGAGCCGUUCGGGCUUGUAGCCGUUGAAUUCGGUCGAAAGGGGGCCCUCGGAGUUGGCGCUCGUGUGGGUGGUCUCGGGCAAAUGCCUGGAUUUUGGUAUACUAUCGAGUCGACGGCUCCUCGCCACCUGCUCCGUCAAUUCCGCGGAGCCAUCGUGUCGGCUCUGGAGUGUCAAACGAGGGACCGCGUCCAGAUGAGAGCAUGGGCUGCCCAGCAGCGUUUUCCCGUGCGGCAGUGGCUGGAGGACCUUGAGAAGCUCCAGUCCGAGGCCAUCCGUCUGCAUAACAAGGAGGCCCGCAAGAGUAAGCGGGUGACAAGCGGACCGCUGCUUACCGUUCCUUCCAACAUCAACUUGGAAGCCGCCAACGACAGGCUGCUCGAGGAUACUGAGCCGACACCCCCCCGGUCGGCCUUUGUGUCCAGAUCUGUCAGCCCUCGCGGAUCACGAGCCUCAAGCCUUUCCCUCCCUUAUUUUGCCACUCGGGCUGAAUCGGUCGGGCAGGCACCAUCGACAAUUGGUCGUGAUAACCGAUCACGCUCACCGUCACAGCCUCCCCUUCCUCCAGCACAGGUCAAUGAGUCCGAAUCAGACGCGCCUAGCCUUCUCCCCCCGCCGAAUCACUUCUACGCGUUUGGAGGCCCCAGCAACCACUCGUCGUCCGACAGCCUAGCUACCAUGACCGCGGCAGUCAAUAGAGCUGGAGAUAAUAAUCCUCGGCAGAACGCAUACAGAGACCUCGUUGGAGAAGGCCCGUACCGCGAUGCACCCCGCGAAAGUGUCGAUACUUUUGCAUUCCGCAUGAUGGCACCUGACAGUAGCACUGCGUCCCAAAUUGUUGCUAACCCUAUCAAUUCGAAUGUUGACCGCGGCUUCACAAGCCAACGCAACAGCUCACGGCUGUCAGUUGUUGAAGUUGUGGGAGAGAGGACUGAUUACAAGCUGCAGAAGGUCGAUCCCUUCUUUAACGACAACACGGGAGAAUACUACCGCGAUUUUGAGAACAAGCUCGCCGGUCUCAGUGUCAAAAACAGCGAGAACGAGCUCUGUAUUGAAGAAUACCUUACGAAGUCCGAGAGGGAAUGGUUCAGGAGGUUUAAAGAUGCGAAGCUUGGGCGUUCUCGGAGCCCCAGUGCUAGCCCCUUGCCCAGCCCCUUUCCCACGUCUCGCAACUCCCGGUCAGUGAGCUAUAACAGUAUCGCACCCAGCGAUGAAGACGACGGCGACGAACUCGACACUAGGAUCUCGGAUCCCGAUCGCGAUGACGAGUUUCUCUUGGGUACCGGUUACAAACCACCCAAAGGCGUCAAGAAACUCCUUCAGAUCCGUCUUGGUGACUGGCCAGUCUACUCUUUCCUCCUCGCACUUGGUCAGAUCCUCUCGGCGAACAGCUACCAAAUCGUCCUUCUAACGGGCGAGGUCAGCCAGACUGCUACCAAACUGUACACAGUAGCAGGGGUAUAUGGCAUAUGCUCUUGCCUCUGUUGGUUAUUUUACCGUCGCUUUCACUCACUUUACAUCUUGUGUGUUCCUUGGUUCUUUUACGGGCUCGCCUUUAUCCUCGUCGGCAUUUCUCCUUUCGUUGCCGCAGACAGCGGACGCGAUAUCGUUCAGUCGCUGGCAACGUGCGUCUACGCUGCUGGUGCUUCGACAGGCAGUAUCUUCUUUGCUGUCAAUUUUGGCGAUGAGGGCGGCUCACCGAUUAGUACUUGGAUUUUCCGCGCGUGUAUAAUCCAGGGCAUUCAGCAGCUCUAUAUCGUCGCGCUGUGGUACUGGGCGUCGGUGCUCAACGGCCAGGAUGGCGACGGGCCCACCAGCGGCAGCAUCGCCAGUAGCUCUGUCCCAAUCCUCCUCGUCAUUGCCGCACCUAUAGCAAUCCUCAUGUGGCUCGUCGGGAUCACCCUUUACGUAGGGCUGCCGGACUACUACCGCCAGUCCCCGGACUAUAUCCCCAGUUUCUACAAGUCCCUGAUGCGACGACAUGUCGUUCCUUGGUUCUUCCUCGCGGUGGUGGUGCAGAACUACUGGCUGAGUGCGCCUUAUGGUCGGAACUGGCAGUUCCUCUUCUCUUCAAAGUACCUACCGGGUUGGUCGGCCGUACUUCUCGCCAUCGGCUUCUUCGUGAUCGUGUGGGCGCUUUUACUAUGGAUAUUCUCCAAGUUCAGUCUGAGCCACCCCUGGAUCGUACCAAUGUUCUCAGUUGGGCUAGGCGCGCCAAGAUGGGCACAGAUGCUCUGGGGUACGUCAGGCGUUGGGCUCUUCCUCCCCUGGAUUGGCAGCGCGGUAGCCUCGGCGGUCGUCUCCAGGAUCUUGUGGCUCUGGCUUGGUGUGUUGGAUACCAUUCAGGGCGUUGGUGUGGGCAUGGUGCUGCUUCUGACGCUAACCAGGCAACACGUUGCCGCUACACUUGUCGGUGCUCAGAUCCUUGGAAGCAUCGCUACCAUUUUGGCAAGGGCAACGGCGCCCAACAAGAUUGGCCCGGGGGACGUAUUCCCCGAUUUUUCCGAGGGCAUUAUGCCAGGGAUCGGCAGAGCGUGGUUCUGGGUUGCUUUGGGCAUGCAACUGAUCAUUCCAUUUGGAUAUUUCAAGUUCUUCCGUAAGGAGCAAGUGGCUAAGCCAUAGUGAGGCAGCAAAGGUUUGCUUUGUUAUCUUCUUGCUAGACUGGACAAAAAGGGGACUAGAGUAUUGUUAGAUAUUGUUUAGAUGUUAUCUAUUCUACAUAGCUGCGGCGUUUAUAGUCUCUCUUACCUCCUUCACAAUAGCCAGAGGGAUUUAAAGAG